UGGGCGUUGAAGAGCUUCCGCCUUCAAUAUCAAACAACAACAAAAUCUUUAUUUGUUCGUUCAUUCUCGCUUCGGCUAAAUUUGUGAGAAGCAAAAGAAAGUGAUCGGGAGAUGAUUUGAAGAGUUUCUGAAUCGAAAGUUUUGAGCUUUCCAAUGCAGAGAACUAUUUCUCUGGCUGCUUCUUCUUCGCCUUCGGCUCUGUCUCUUCGUCCUCUCAUGGCUAAGUUGCAAUGCAUGACGCUUCAUAAUCUUCCAGUCGCUCGUUCCUCUCCCUUAGCUACCUUUGAUAGUGUAUAUAGUUAUGUAAGCCAGGUUCAGUUUAAGAAAGGAGCUAUACGGUAUUCUUCGCCAACUUGCGCACUUCCUUCACGUGUAAGGCAUUUUGGGUCCCUUAAUUGUGCAGCACCUUGGAAUAGUUUGUGUUCAGGGUCAUCGAGAAGUAGUUUCAGACCCUUUUUGGUUAAUAGCUCCUUGUUUCCGAGGAGAUAUUUUUCUCAAGUCCCUAAUACUGGGAAUAAGAGUAUCGGCCCGGGUGGUGGUAGUGAUGGAAAGGGUGAGGGGAAUAGAUCAACUUUUAGGAAAAUUCAUAAAAGGUGGAAGAAGCAUAAGGUCACGGCAUCCACUGAAGCCGAAGCAGUGAUGCCUACUGAACCUGUUGUUGGGAGUGGCAGUACCGAUGGAAUCAAGGUGGAACUCCCUGCUGUUGCUUCACCUGCCAGCAAUAGUAAGCAAGCUUCUGCGGCAAAGACAAAGAGGAGGUCAAAGAGCAAAAAAGGUGAAGAUGAUAAAUCUUCUUCAGCAGCACCAGUUUCAGAGGCAGUCUCUAUAAAAGAGAGUUCAAAGGGUGCCCGCAAGUCAAAAAGCAGCCGGAAGUCUUCAUCUGCAUCUAAGAACAAGAUGGUGACGACAACUUCGAUUGUGGAGGAGCCUGAUGGAUCCGUUCCACCAAAAUCCAAGUUUGACGAGAAAAAUGUGAGUAAUGGUAGGCAACCAGGAAAGUCAAGAAGAAAAAUAAAUGGAUCACAGCAAAAUCAGACUCCGCAAACUAUGAAAAACAGCGUAGACCAUCGGGGUCAAAACGCGUUGAUUCCGCUUUAUCCACCAAGGGGGAAAUCUGUUAUUGUUGUUGAGUCACUUACAAAAGCAAAGGUUAUACAAGGUUAUCUUGGUAAUAUGUAUGAGGUUUUGCCGAGCUAUGGUCAUAUUAGAGAUUUGGCUGCAAGGUCUGGUUCAGUGAGGCCAGAUGAAGAUUUUAGCAUGGUUUGGGAGGUUCCAUCUACGGCUUGGACUCAUCUUAAGAGCAUAAAGGUGGCUCUAAAUGGAGCUGAAAAUCUUAUUCUUGCGUCGGAUCCAGAUCGUGAAGGAGAGGCAAUUUCCUGGCACAUCAUUGAGAUGUUGCAGCAGCAGGAUGCCUUACACGAAAGUAUGACCGUAUCAAGGGUCGUCUUCCAUGAGAUAACCGAGUCAGCAAUAAAAAAUGCUCUUCAGGCCCCACGGGAAAUUGAUGCGAACUUGGUACAUGCAUACCUUGCACGACGUGCUCUUGAUUAUCUCAUCGGGUUUAACAUUUCACCGCUACUUUGGAGGAAACUGCCUGGUUGCCAGUCAGCUGGAAGAGUCCAGUCUGCUGCUUUGGCUCUGAUUUGUGAUAGAGAAACUGAGGUUGAUGAAUUUAAGCCUCAGGAGUACUGGACUGUAGGAAUCAAAUUGCAAAAGGAAGGAAAGUCAACCACUUUUUCAGCUCACUUGACCUGUUUCAAUUCAAAGAAGUUGAAUCAGCUUUCUAUCAGCUCCAGCACGGAAGCUGGGGAUAUUGAGCAGAGGAUUAGAUCAGAAAAUUUUCAAGUGAUUCACUCUAAAAGAAGCACAAUGAGGAAAAAUCCACCUACUCCAUACAUAACAUCAACUCUUCAGCAGGAUGCUGCAAACAAGUUACAUUUUUCAACGACAUAUACCAUGAAGGUAGCUCAAAAACUUUAUGAGGGUGUCCAGUUAUGUGAUGGUAAAGCAGCUGGUCUCAUAACAUACAUGCGAACAGAUGGAUUACAUAUAUCUGAUGAAGCUGUCAAAGACAUUCAGACCUUAGUUUCUGAAAGAUAUGGGCAGACUUAUGUGUCAAAAGGUCCCCGUAAAUUUUUUAGAAAGGUGAAGAAUGCUCAGGAGGCCCAUGAAGCUAUUAGACCUACUGAUAUACGGAGGUUACCGUCAAAGCUUGUCGGAAUUCUUGAUGAGGAUUCUUUGAAGUUAUAUACCUUAAUAUGGUCACGGACUAUGGCAUGUCAAAUGGAACCUGCUUCCAUUGGGCAGAUACAACUUGAUAUUGGAAAUGCUUCUCAAACCAUUGUCUUCAGAUCAUCAUGCUCAAAAGUAGAGUUUCUUGGAUACCAGGCAGUUUAUGAGGAUGCAGAAGCAAAAACAAUCAAAUACAAAGAUGAUGAUAUGAGUGAACGCGAAGAAACUUUCGGGAUUCUCAGUUCAUUGAAGGCUGGAGACCUAUUACGUGUUGAUGAUGUGGAGCUCAAGCAGCACUACACUCAGCACCCACCACGCUAUUCUGAGGGGUCACUGAUUAAAAAGCUCGAGGAGCUGGGAAUAGGUAGACCAUCAACCUAUGCAUCUAUCUUUAAGGUUUUACAGGACAGGAAUUAUGUGACAUUAAAGAACCGAAUACUAUAUCCAGAGUUCCGUGGCAGGAUGGUUUCAGCUUUUCUUACCAACUACUUUACAGAGGUCACGGACUAUAGUUUUACUGCUGAUAUGGAGACUGAGCUUGACAACGUCUCAGCUGGUUUAACUGAAUGGAAGGGCCUCCUCGGAGACUACUGGACACGGUUCAGUUCGUAUUGUAAACGUGUUGAAAAUGUCCAUAUCCAUCAGGUGGAGAAGAUGUUAGAAAAAAGAUAUGGGGACUUUCUGUUUGCUUCCCUACCUGAUCCGAGUAAUAGGACAUGCCCAAGUUGUAUGGAAGGCACCUUAAUUUUCAAAGUUAGUAGGUUUGGUGCUGGGUAUUUCAUCGGUUGUGAUCAGCACCCGAGAUGCAAGUACAUUGCUAAAACACUUUAUGGCGAAAACGAAGAUGAUGAUGAUCCUCCAAAGAAUGUCAGUGUAGAAGAGCCAAAGCUGCUGGGUCUUCAUCCCAAUUCCAACGAAAAGGUUCUUUUGAAGAAGGGCCCAUACGGGUUCUAUGUACAACUUGGUGAGGACAGGACAGGGUUCCUGCCAAAACGUGCAUCCGCUUCCCAUAUAAAAGAUGUAGACUCUAUCACGGUUGAAGAUGCUCUCGAGUUACUACGCUACCCUUUGACAUUGGGAAGCCACCCUAAGGAUGGGCAGCCAGUGCUCUUGAAGCUUGGAAAAUUUGGAUUUACUGUUCGGCAUAGGCGCACUAUGGCUACUGUUCCGAGGGGUAUGAAACCAGGUGAUGUUACCUUAGAGAAGGCACUAAAGCUGUUGUCUAGCAAAAAUGUUAGAAGGAGUGGAAGGCCUAAAAAGGCACAACCAAAAGCAGAUGAGGAAGAUGGAGCAGUAGCAGAGGAAGAAGCUGUUGAAGCCGUGUAACAAUAAUGUAAUUCACCAAAGAAGGAGACUUUCACUGAAAGUGGUCUAUAUAUGGUUUGAUAGAUAUGAGCAUUGGAUUUGAAGAAAUUCUUUUUGGCAAUCAGAAUAAUAUUUGUCUUUAGGACCCAAUAGUGAUUGUUGAUUGUAAGAUCCAAUAACCAAUUUUUCAAAUUGCUAUGAUAAUA